AUGGCAGAAAGGAUUCUUGGAGGCAUUUACCUCCUGUCGAUAGAACCCAUCAAUGACCAAUACGAUUUCAAGUCUGAAUAUGGCAUCACGCACGUGAUAUCCGUGCUCUCUGGACCACUUCCCGCAUACCUCAAGGAAAACUACCAGCAUCUUCAAAUCGACAUCAAUGACGAUGAAACUACAAAUCUUCUACAGCAACUUCCUGCUGCUGUCGCCUUCAUAAAUCUGGCACUAUUUCCAGGUGGUUCAGCAGAGAACCAGAAAAAACACAACGGCGCCAUUUUGAUCCACUGUGCUCAAGGCAAGUCUAGAUCAGUAGCCGUGAUCAUUGCAUAUUUGAUGGCCAAGUACCACCUCUCAUACACGCAAGCUUUGCACGCAGUUACCAGAAAGGUGGCAGAUGCACAGCCUAACGCUGGCUUUGUUGAACAGCUCAAGCUCUUCGAGAAGAUGAAGUGCGAAGUGGACACUGGAAACACAGAAUACAGACAAUUAAUAGUUGCCAACAGCCUCAAGCAGGAUCCAUCGGGGAGUCUGCUUCCUCACAUUGACGUUUUCUCCACGAAAAAGAGCGGAAGCAACGCAGUGACCGAGACAGACCAAUAUAACCUUCGAUGCAAGAUGUGUCGACAGGUCUUAGCAUCAGAAAGUGACAUCGAAGCUCACGAUGCUCCAGGUGCAGACUCUCGUCAGUCCAAAUUCGUGAAAAAUGCCCCCAAUUCUCGUCGUAUCAUUUCGGUCACUGAGGCUUCAACAACAUGUUCACAUUACUUCAUGGCUGAGCCCCUUGACUGGAUGAGACCCGAAUUGGAGAAGGAAGAGCUCGAGGGUAAGUUUGCAUGUCUGAAAUGUGAAGCCAAGGUCGGUGGGUACAGCUGGAGAGGAUCCCGGUGUUCGUGUGGUAAGUGGAUGAUCCCAGCAUUGCAUUUGCAAGCAGCCAAGGUCGACAAGAUGAAGAAAUGA